AUGAACUUACAACAGAUUAUGAGACCCAGUCCAAUUAGCGCAGACGGCAUCAAGGUCUUCGCUGGCGCUGAGCAGGAUGCCAACCUCUUCUUCAUCACCGUCGAGGCCAAGCUCAUCGCCGCUGGCAUCGACGCUGGCAUCAUCGCCGAGGGUGGUGCUGACCACCAAGGAGACGGGCAGGCUCCAGCAGCUGCCUCAUCGCCGAGCCCAAGCACCCACGGUGCUUCGGGUCCCCGCACUCGCUCCCGCGCUCAACGCGGCCCGCGCCGCACUGGCGUCCGCCACGACGCGGGGGACCACGACGACGAUGACGACGACGAGGGCGAUGGCGACGACCACGGCGCUCAGCCAUCUUCCUCCUCUUCCUCUCUCCCUUCUUCCGCCACUCCGAGCGGAGGAGCGCAGGUGGCGUCCCGAGCCUCUGGCCUGCUGGAUCCCCGUGAUCCACAGGUUGACGCAGCCAUCUUCGCGUUCCUCCUUGGCGUCCACGGUGUCAACUACACGGACACCUUUGCCCCGACGGCUACCAUCGCAGCCAUCCGCACCAUGCUCGCCAUGGCCGUCGCGCGUGGCAUGGACAUCCAGCAGAUGGACGUCAACACGGCGUUCCUCAACGCGCCCGUGGAUCACGAGAUCUACGUCCAGCCACCGGCCGUCGACGGCAUCUUCUCGCCGAAUACGGUCCUGCGCCUCAAGCGCGGGUUGUAUGGCCUGAAGCAGAGCCCGCGCCUGUGGAACCACACGCUGGACGCCUGGAUGCGCGAGCAGGACUUCAUCGCCACAGCCACGGACGCCUGCAUCUACCGCCGCACCUGCAAGGGUGGCAAGGUGAUGUGGGUUGCCGUCUACGUGGACGACCUGCUCAUCUUCGCCGACAGCGACAGCGACAUGGCCGCGUUCAAGAAGGCCAUCUCCAAGCGCUUCAAGAUGAAGGACCUGGGCAGCCCAGACAUUUGUCUCGGCAUCAAGGUGCAGCACGACCGCAAGGCCAGGACCGUCACCAUGAGCCAGGAGCACUACCUGCGCAGCGUGCUGGAGACCUUCGGCAUGGCUGACUGCAAGCCGGUCGGCACGCCGCUCUGCACGGGCUACGUCGACAAGCCAGCCGACAAGGAGGAGCCACUCCCGGAUGUGCCGUUCCGCGAGCUGCUUGGCUCCCUCCUCUAUGCUGCGACGAUGACGCGCCCAGACAUCUCGGCGGCUGUCUCCAUCCUCUCUCGCCGUAUGCAGCACUUCGGCAUGGACCAUUGGAAGGCUGCCAAGCACCUUCUUCGCUACAUCAAGGGCACCUUGUCCUACACCAUCAAGUACGCCGCCACUGGCGACACCAGCAACGGCAGCACUGCCGACGGCGUGCUCUCAGCGUACUCGGAUGCGUCGUUCGCCUCCGACGUUGACACGCGACGUUCCCGCACGGGCUUCGUCGUCUUCUGUUCCACGGGCCCCGUGUCCUGGAACUCCAAGCUGCAGGCCACCGUGGCCACAGCCUCCGCCGACGCGGAGUACAUGGCUCUCGCAGCCACCGCACAGGAACUCAUGUUCCUUCGCCAACUCCAGGAGGAGCUCACCGGCGCCGUCCUGUGCGAGCCCACGCUCGUGCACACGGACAACCAGCCGGCGCAGCGCGUUGCCGAACACGCCGCCUCGCGCAUGCGGCACAUCCUCGUCAAGUACCACUACAUCCGCGAGUGCGUCGACACAAAGAGGAUUGUGCUGAGCUACCUCGCCACGGAGCAUAUGAUCGCAGAUCUUCUCACGAAGAUCCUCCCUCGGCCCAAGACGGCUCAAUUCAGCGCACGCCUCUUCUGCCUUGCAACAGGCAGCAAGAAAGCAUCCACAUCAUCUGGUCUCACACGGGUCGCCGCUCACGCUGCAUUCACCAACGACGUGGCAGCCCCUGACGGUUCACAGGCACCACAGGCCAUGUGCCUUACACCAGGCCUCGUCUGA